CGCGAGUUUCGCACGCAGUGGUACGAUGACAAUAACGCACCGCUCAUGUAUGUCCGCAUCCAGGUUGGGCAAGCGUCCUGCAGCGCUUUGCUGGAUAGCGGCGCGUCUCGCAAUUUCAUGAGCCAAGCCUUUAUGCAAAGGGCUGGCCUUGGCGCACAAGUUCGAAGGAAGGCAAACCCGACGACGAUCAAGUUGGCGGAUGGAAAGACGCAGCAACUCCUCGACCGUUACAUCGACGUCGUACCGGUGUAUUUCACACCUCAUGCAUGUGAACUGGUGAUGUUCGACAUUUUGGACACGGACUUCGACAUCAUUCUGGGAAUUCCUUGGCUUGCGAGUGCGGAUCACACAGUCAACUUCCACCGGUGGACUCUUAGCUUUCGCGACACCUUCGACGCCGAAGUGGCGUCCGACUCUUCACCCACGGAUUUGUCUUCGGACCCCCAAGUCGUGCGGUUGCUGGACGAGUUCGCCGACAUCCUCGAGUCACCUACCGGUGUGGUGCCAGACCGACCGAUCUCUCACGAGAUCAUUUUUGAGGCCGGCGCCGUGCCGCCGAAAGGUUGCAUCUAUCGGAUGAGCAAGGAGGAGCUUGACGUCCUCCUCUCACAACUCAACAACUUGUUGGCCAAGGGUUGGAUCCGCCCUAGUAGAUCCCCAUUAGGAGCACCAGUUCUCUUCGUCCGGAAGAAGAACAAGGAUCUACGAUUGUGUAUCGACUACCGCAAGCUCAACGCGCAAACCGUCAAGAAUGCGGGGCCUCUUCCUCGCAUCGACGAUCUUCUUGAGCGAUUGGGCGGCGCAAAGUAUUUUUCUAAGUUGGAUUUGAAGUCGGGAUAUCAGCAAAUCUCGAUUCGGCCGAACGAUCGCUACAAAUCCGCGUUCAAGACGCGUUACGGGCAUUUUGAGUGGGUGGUCAUGCCUCUUGGCCUCACCAACGCCCCGACGACCUUUCAAGCGGCAAUGACCAACGAGUUCCGUGCAAUUAUGGACCGGUUCGUGCUGGUCUACUUAGACGAUAUUCUCGUCUAUAGUCGGACAUUGCAGGAUCAUCUUGGGCAUCUUCGACGAGUGUUGGAGACGCUCCGCCGUGCCAAGUACAAGGCCAACCACGACAAGUGCGAAUUUGUCCAGCAAGAGUUGGAAUACUUGGGCCAUUUUGUCACACCGAAGGGCAUCAGUCCACUAUCGGACAAGAUUCAAGCCAUCCAAGAGUGGUCGGAGCCUCGAAACGUCACGGAUGUCCGUUCAUUCCUUGGCCUCGCCGGCUACUAUCAUCGUUUCAUCAAAGGCUACUCAAAGAUCGCGGCCCACUUGACCAAGUUUCAAUGCGAGGAUCGGCCGUUUGACUUCGGACAGGAGGCGCGGGAAUCAUUUUUGGCUUUCAAAGCCGCGCUAUUAUCUGCGGAGGUCUUGCGCAUAUACGACCCGCUUUUGCCUAGGCGCGUCACUACGGAUGCGUCCGACUAUGGCAUUGGUGCCGUCCUCGAGCAACAUGAUGGUGUGGACUGGCACCCGGUCGAGUAUUUCAGUAAGAAAGUGCCCAUCGUGCAUUCCAUUGACGAUGCACGCAAGAAGGAGCUCCUCGCCUUCGUCCACGUGCUGAAGCGGUGGCGACACUUCCUCCUUGGUCGAAGCCAAUUCCGAUGGGUAACGGACAACAAUCCGUUGGUCUUCUAUAAGACCCAAGACACCGUCAACAGCACCAUCGCUCGAUGGAUGGCUUUCAUCGACCAACUCGACUUCUUUCCCGAUCACAUUCCCGGGAAGUCGAACCGUUUUGCGGAUGCUCUUUCACGGCGUCCGGAUCAUUGUACCGCGGUCUACUCAACCUUCGAGAUCGACGACGACCUGCGGAACAGCUUCAUCCGCGACUACCAAGCCGACCCCGAGUUUCGCGACAAGAACGUGAAUUGCUCCUCUCCUAAUCCGGCGCCUUCUCACUACCGGAUCCAAGAGGGGUACUUGCUUGUCCACACACGGGGGAAGGACCUUCUUUGCGUACCGAGUGAUCCUCACUUGCGCACACGGCUUCUUGGCAAGUUCCACGAUGCUCCCGCCACCGGACACUUUGGAGUCAAUCGCACGAUUGGCCGACUUCGCGAGCGAUUUUUGUGGCCCGGCCUUCUCGGCGACGUCACACGCUAUUGCGAGUCAUGCGAGGUUUGCCGACGCUGCAAAUCCCGCAACCAUCGUCCCUACGGCGAGUUACGACCAUUACCGGUCCCUUUGAGGCGAAGGGAAGCGAUUGCCAUGGACAUUACCGGCCCGUUCCCCAAGCAUAAGACCGGCGUGGAUGGGAUUCUCACGGUGGUCGACCGACUCACCAAGUUCGCCAUGUUUUUGCCUUGCCGCUAUCAUGCUAAGGCACCGGAGUUGGCCAAGGUUCUUUACGCCGGUUGGAUUCGAACCAAGGGUUACCCCAAGGAAAUCGUCUGCAACCGCGAGACUCGGUUCAUGUCCGAUCUUUGGUUGGCGCUCAUCAAACGAUGGGGCUCAUCUCUCAAGCCCAGUUCAGCUCGCCAACCCCAGACCGAUGGCCAAACGGAGAGGGCGCACCAGACCGCACAGGUUCUCCUUCGCACUCUCAUCCGUCCUGACCAGAAGGAUUGGGUUGAGCGGCUGCCGGAUGUCGAGUUGGCCUACAACUCCUCCAUCCACCCAGCUAUCGGGAUGUCGCCUUUCAAGUUCGAGCACGGCUCGCCGGUCACUUCGCCGAUGGACACCAUCACUCCACGAAUGGCCGAAAGCGACGACCAUCUUCUUUUCUUGCGUCGGAUGCAAGAGCUACUUGUCAAGGCACGGGACCAGAUGGCCAAGACGCAGCAACGCAUGAGCCAACAGGCCAAUCGCCAGCGUCUUCCUUGCCCAUUCCGCGCCGACGAUCUCGUUUGGGUCUCCGCCGGGGAAUUCAGCCUUGAACAAGAUAUCUCUCGCAAGCUCCUCCCGAAAUGGAUGGGGCCUUGGCCGAUCGUGGCACCCGCUGGGGAUGCACCCGAGGGACCUUCCUUCACUAUUCAGGCGCCCGCCCACUUGCCCGUCUACCCAGUCUUUCAUUGCUCCAAGUUGGCUCUUUACACGCCAGCGGAACAUGACGAUUUUCCCGGGAGACGUUCGCAAGACCCACCCUCUAUGGACGGUUUUCAGGAGGUCGGCGACAUCAUCUCCCAGCGACGCUACGGCAACAGGCCAACCGAGUACUUGGUACAUUUUGCAUACUGCACACAUCGAGCUGACCGUUGGUUGACCCGUGCGGAACUUCAAGCAACAGCUCCGAACGUUCUCACACGCUACGAACGCAAGAUGCAAGGCAAGCCGGUCUCUUCGGCUCCACGCCAUGCCCGCGUCCAGGUUCCGCCUUCAGAUCGUCAGCUUCGCCCUCGCCCCGGCUUGACUUCAUAAGGAGGGGGGGGUAUGCCGCCUUCGAUGGUUUCCGGAACUGGCAAUAACCAGCAAACAAUGUGACAGAGACAGAGAGAGAGAGAGAGAGAGAGAGAGAGAGAGAGAGAGAGAGAGAGAGAGAGAGAGAGAGAGAGAGAGAGAGAGAGAGAGAGAGAGNAGAGAGAGAGAGAGAGAGAGAGAGAGAGAGAGAGAGAGAGAGAGAGAGAGAGAGAGAGAGAGAGAGAGAGAGAGAGAUGACGGGGUACACAUUCCGCAGUUAAGUGAACUUGAUUACAACUGUGGAUCUGGAAGUGGAUGCGGGCGGCAGUGUGUGGGUGUGUGGGUGUGUGGGUGUGUGGGUGUGUGCGUGUGUGGGUGUGUGGGUGUGUGGGUGUGUGGGUGUGUGGGUGGGUGGUUUUUGUCUAGCCGCACUGGUUGUGGUGAAAGCUCCAGAAUACCGGAGAACAUUUUACAGUGGAAAGCUGUGUAAGCAAGCCACUUUCCAACUUCCAGCCGACUUUUUGCCUCCUCCACGCAGCUGCAGCAGGUUGUGGCUGUCUGUCUUACCCACACACCCAGCUGCAGCAGGUUGUGUUUUUUAUCGGUUAAGAAGAAGAGUAGCAGCUAAGUGUUGGUUGGGUUUGCCCACCUUGCCUUCAUCAGGCAGAGACAUGCUUUUGGCCUGACCUGGGAUUGCCUUCCUUGUUAUGAGGCCGGUCUCCAAUCUCUGUCGUAUUCCGAUUGGAAGUGGGAGAGAAGAAUGUUGCUUUGUGGUAGUGCCUCAUCCUGGUCAGCAGUUAGAUUGUUUACACCCACCCACCCACCCACCCACCCACCUGCAUUCCUAAUGAGAAAGAGUACACAAUCUCUCUGUAUUCCUAAUUGGAAUGAGUGCGAUCUCCACGAACAGGGCCAGCUCAGAUGAUACCCCCACAAACUGUUGAAAUACCGACCUGAGUUUGAAUCCAGAUGAUGUAGCUAGAUGAACAAAAUUCCGGAACGAGU